CGCAAGUCCAUCGCAGACAUCAUCGAUUCCAGGCUGGUUGCUGGGCGACAACGGGAGGACAAGACAAAUCCCCAACAGUCAGGUCAAUGAAAACCUAGGAAAGACUCUUGUCUGUUCGAAUAACCCCAUAGGUCGCUGCGUUUGUCUUCGACCACCAUGAAUAUCGUCGAGUGGGCUUUCGGAAAGCGUCUGACGCCCGCUGAGCGUCUGCGCAAACACCAGCGAGCGCUCGAGAGGACGCAGCGUGAAUUAGACAGAGAGCGGGUCAAGCUGGAAAACCAGGAGAAGAAGUUGGUACAAGACAUCAAGAAGAGCGCCAAGAAUAAUCAAAUCGGCGCCUGUAAGAUCCAAGCGAAAGAUCUCGUCAGGACGAGAAGGUACAUCCAGAAGUUCUACCAGAUGAGAACACAACUUCAAGCAAUCUCCCUCCGUAUCCAGACUGUUCGAAGUAACGAGCAAAUGAUGCAAUCGAUGAAAGGCGCAACGAUGCUUUUGGGUAGCAUGAAUCGACAGAUGAAUCUUCCAGCUCUGCAACGAAUUGCGAUGGAGUUCGAGCGGGAAAAUGAGAUAAUGGAUGAGCGGCAGGAAAUGAUGGAUGAUGCCGUCGAUGAAGCUACUGGUAUUGAUGAUGAGGAAGAAAGUGAAGAUAUUGUCAAGGAGGUUCUUGAUGAGAUUGGUGUUAACCUCAGCCAAGAGCUGGGCGAAACCCCAACGGGAAUAGAAAAGGCAGCCGUCGGCGAGUCAAGGAUUGCACAAGCCGUUGGUGGUGGGCAUACAGAUGAUGACGACCUCCAAGCAAGGCUCGACAGUCUCCGACGAUGAUUCGGGAUUAGGAUCUGCGACUUGCUUUGGCUUCCUUUUUUUCACCUUAACUUUUCAGAUUAUGAGAUACGGCCCAAUAAUUGGCACUGUAUGGGAUACGAGCGCGAGUAAUGCAUUAUUGAAUUGAGCUGGACCAUGGCCCUUCAAGUUCAUUCCUCGCUCUUUGUCUUGGCUCCGGGCUCCUCUAUUCUGCACCAGAGCCGGCUGGUAAGGCCGCAAAAGCAGCAGCCUUAGGCCACACAAUGUCAGGUAUACUUAGCACUUAGGGAGCUGAACUCCGCAACACCAUCGCGAAGUCAGCAAUUAGUUCUUAAACAAGAAGGACCCUACGUUUCCUC